CAUUAUUAAAGAAUACUUUCGGUCAGAAUCAAUUGGAAUUUAUUUCUUUAUAAAAACUGCCUUGACACAAUGAAGGUUCAAUGCACACUGUAGUGGGCAUGCACGCGUCCUGAAACAAAGAAAAUAAAAUCACCAAUCUCGGCUUUUCAUUGGAUCAUAACCCAUUAACGUGCAACAUAGGCGGUACAACUGAGCAUUGCAUACGCUAUAUAUUUUUACUCAUUAUUUUUCAUAAAAAAGUUAUAUACAAUUAUUUUUUAUUCUAAACUUUGUGUUUAUUCGCUGAAUUUAUAAUAAAUAUUUUUAUUUUUACAGAUUUUAAUUAUGAGACUAGAUGAACGAAAAGUUAUGAGAAUUUGGACAUUAAUGCAGGUUAUACUUGUUUCGCUUAAAACGUUAAAAGUUAUAAAAAAAAAGAAGAAGGCCUUGCGGAGAUGGUGGGUGAAGCCACAUAUCGUACCGAGAAUAAGGAAUACUAUAGGAGCAUUUGCUACAGUAUGCCAAUAUUUUCAUAUCAAUGAUCACGAAGAGUUUACAAAUCAAUUUAAGAUGACACCAGGCAAUUUUCAAGAGUUGUAUACGUUAAUUGCUGAUCAGUUGCAGAAGCAGUAUCAUAAUAGAGAGCCAAUUUCUGCAUAUAUUCGACUGGCUAUAACAAUACAUUAUUUCGUUCAAGGAGGAAAUGCUUUAACUUAUUGCGCGCACUACCGAAUUGGAAAAGCUACAUUUUUUAAAAUCAUACACGAAACGUGCUACGUUAUUACUUCAGUUCUGCUGCCAAUUUACGUGAAAUUUCCCAACGAACGGGAUUGGUUACGUAUUGCCCAGGAAUUUGAAGACAGAUGGAAUUUUCCGAAUUGUGUUGGAGCUCUAGACGGGAAGCACAUGCGAAUAAAAAGACCAGCUCAUGCUGGAAGUGUUUUGUAUAACUACAAAAAAUUUCAUAGUUUAGUUUUGAUGGCAAUCAGCGAUGCACAAAGUAGAUUUGUUUGGUUCACCCUUGGUGAUGGUGGUUCGUUCAGCGACUCCAGUGUCUUUCAAAAUACUAAUUUUUAUAACAAAAUUUUGAACAAUGAAUUGAACUUACCUGCUCCAACAAAGUUGCCUAACAGUGACAGUUCAUCACCUUUCGUAAUAGUCGCUGACGAGAUUUUUGGUUUGGGAUUUAACUUGAUGAAGCCGUACAAUAGAAGAUUGCUGCAGUCAAAUCAAGAAAGAAUUUUUAAUUAUAGAUUGAGCCGAGAGUUCACUAUAGAACGUGCAUUUGGAAUACUUUGUGCAAAAUUUCAGUUAUUGAAUAGUGCUUUAGCUCAUAAUUUAGAUAAGAAUAAAUUAAUUAUAAGCGCUUGUUUAGUGUUACAUAAUUUUUUAAUUACGAAAAAUGUAAUCAACGUUGAUGACGAUUUUAGACACUUAGAUAGGCAAAUUAAUCAGAAUGUUAUGCGAAACCCUAUUUUUAUUCGGCAAAACUUGGCAGAAUAUUUCAGCAAUGAGGGAGCUGUUUCCUGGCAAAAUAAUUAUAUUUAAAGAUAAAUAAUCUAUAUUAACAAAAUAGAAAUAAGAAGGCAGUUUUUAUAAAGAAAUAAAUUCCGAUUGAUUCUGAUCGAUUGACUCCUCCAUAUUGUGUAGAAACUUGAAAAAAACAAAAAAACAAAUGGUAUAUUAGUUUUAAGUAUUUAGUAACAAAUACAUUAGUUUUAAUUUUAGAUAUUUAUGAAAAUGAAUGCGUAGCAAAGCAGUUCCGAUAACCUCAAAUUGACAAUAGUUCUUCGAUUCAAUUUGCCAUAAAUAAAAAAUGAGUGGAAACACUGAAAAAGAUAUACUACUUGAUGAAGUUAUCAUACAAAUCGUGAAACCAAAUAAUUUUAUUUACGAUAAGUCGAAUGAUAAAUACUAUACUGAAUUUAGAUCGCAACGAACACAAGUUUUCGAAACUAUUUCCCAAGCGAUUUAUCAACUAUACGAAGUGCACAU